GAAUGCAUGGAUGCAGAAUGCAUGGAUAGGAGGACCAGUAUUGGAGUCAGUCAUAUCAUUACAGUAGAGUCUCACUUAUCCAACGUUCUGGAUUAUCCAACGCAUUUUUGUAGUCAAUGUUUUCAAUACAUCGUGAUAUUUUGGUGCUAAAUUCGUAAAUACAGUAAUGACUACAUAGAAUUACUGUGUAUUGAACUACUUUUUCUGUCAAAUUUAUAGUUAAACAUGAUGUUUUGGUGCUUAAUUUGUAAAAUCAUAACCUAAUUUGAUGUGUAAUAGGCUUUUCCUUAAUUCCUCCUUAUUAUCCAACAUAUUCGCUUAUCCAAUGUUCUGCCGGCCCGUUUAUGUUGGAUAAGUGAGACUCUACUGUAUCUCUAUUAUGUCAACAGCUCAAUAGUGCCAUGUUGUGGUUAUUACUAGCCCAGCAGCUCUCACUGGUACAAAGAGACUAUACAGAAACAAGGAAUAUUAUUUACAGUUGUUUAUUUAAAGCCUAAAAACCUCACUUCUUUGCUCUCAGGUCUUUGCCCGGUUGAUAUAAUCUGAUCUUUCAUUUCAUUGGAAGUCUGCUUUUGCUGUCAGAUUUUGUUUUCAAGCUGUGUGUUAUCAUCGCCAGCCACCUUGCCGGCUAUUUUUGGAGCAAGUCAGGAAAUAUAUUGCAUAAACUAAACACAUAAAUAAAUGGGGUUGCUGUACCUAUAAAGAGCCAUGGCUUGCGUUUCUAUCAAAGGACUCCCCGGAGAAGCAGCCAGGAUCUUUGCUUGCCUUGCUUUGUGAACCAGGGAAAAGCCACACCUGGUAACAACCAGAGUUGAUAGCAACCCAAAGCCCUUGGGAGAAAUGCACUUCUAAUCCAUUUCUUCUAAGAUUUGCUUCUGGCAGCUCAAAAGCCAUCUCCGUUCCCUUUCUUUGGAUCGCAUGGAGUUUGGAAGCGGACCUCAAAACUUCCAGGAGCAGGUGCAACGCCUCGCCAAUGAAAAUGUCCAGUUGCAAGACAGGAAUGAACGGCUCUACAGCAAAAUUGGGGAGCUGCAGGAAAAAAUGGGGGGCCUGGCUGGCUCUAAGACCGACCUCUCCUCCAGACUGAUCCACAGCGAAGAGGAGAAACUCAAGAUUUCCAAGGACUUUGUGGAUUUUCAGAUUCAGACCAAUAAAAUGAGGGAGCAACAUGAAGCAGAAAACUUUGAGCUGAAGAAUCUGAUUUUGACCCUGGAAAAUCGUAUCCUGGAAGUCGAGCUUCAUGCUGAGAAAAUGGCCGGGGAGCGCAAUGCUUUGCGAGAACGCCUGCAGGCCCUUGAAGACAGCCGCAAAGAGUUGGCGGAUGAGUACCUUGAGCUGAAGAGCAAUUACCUUGCGCUGGGCAAAGAGCAUGGACAGGAGAUUGCUAAGAAUGAAGAGUUGAGCAAAGAGCUACUCAGCCUAGCUAAUUCCCUCAACCAUAUGCGGGGCGACCUCCCCAAACCCAACACCGAAAUGGAUGAGCCAUCCGAGGAGCUGAAACGGGUGCGUGCUUUGGUCCGGCGUCUUUCUGCCCACCGAGUGAAGCCUGAAGACGUAGUGGCUUCCGAAUAUGAACGACAGAAAUUGGAGAAAAGCGUCUUUGGAAACCAAGAUCACUUCACCAGAGAGAUUGAACAGAUGAAAGAAAUGUAUCACUCCCAGCAGCAGAAAUUAGAGGAGAGAAUGGUUUCAAUGGGGAAGGAGCUCCAAGAAGCAAAGAAGGAGAUCCGGAGCACGCAGCACAAGCUGGCAGAGCAGUCGGAGGUGUUGCUCUCUUCUCAAAGCCAACUCCAAGAAGUUGAGGCAGAGAACUCCCGGCUGCAGCUGAGACUGAAGGAGUUGGUCGAAGAGUAUCGCUCGCGGCUCGUUCAAUACAUCACGGACCUGGCGGAAUACAUGGAUAACAAAUCAGCAACAAAGGCUGGCAAAGCCCCGUCAGAGCCUGCUCACAUGAAGCGCUUUGUGGACAACAUGCUGAAGGACAUCCGGGCAUCCUACAAGUCCCGGGAAGAGCAGCUGGCUGGAGCCGCCCGAGGCUAUAAGAAACGCCUGCAGAACGUGGUCAAAAGGCACGAAGGGCUGCUGGUUGCCUACAGGAUGCAGCGGGAACAAAUCCGGUGCCUGGGCAGCAAUAUUUUGGAUCCUGGCCCACCAGAACACCAUUUCAGCAUCACCGAUGCCGAGUUGCUGACCAACACUUCUCAAGAGCUGAACCGACUCCGGGAAGACAAGGCGAACCUGGAAGGCCAGCUCCACGAACUGCAGAUGAAGGUAAAGCUAAGUGAAAACGCUGGUCCCAGGAUAUCACCUCCAUAUACCCUGGAUGAGGCAGGCUGGGAUGAGCUCAAGAAGCAGUUGCGGGAAUUCACUCACCGCACUCAGGAGGACUUAGAAAAGGAGCGGAGCCAGUUGUUGGCACGGGCAACGGUGGCGGAAGAACAGGUGGCCGAACUGCAGGACUACGUGGACAAGCACCUGGGGAGGUACAAGGAAGAGAUCUUGCGACUCAGGAAACUCCUAGGAACAGAUGGCCUCCAGACAUCUAGCGCCAGGACUUCCAACGCCCCCAGGGCUUCAAAACCCAAGAGGAAUGUCAGCAAGGAAACAUAAUUUCUACGACACAACGAACCAUGAUUGGAUUGUAGCAUCCUCAAAAGGAUGGGCAUCUUGGUCCAAACAGCAAACUGGACAUUUAGUAUAUUUCUGUCCUUCCAGGAAGCAGAGUUCACUUAUAGAAGUGCAAAAAGAUAUUUCUCACAAACCAGUGAGAUAGGCUGGAACAGGCAUGGGCAAACUUCAGCCCUCCAGGUGUUUUGAACUUCAACUCCCACCAUUCCUAACAGCCUCAGGCCAUUUCCUUUCCCCUCUCAGCUGGUUACUGAGGUGUAAUGCAAACAUACAUCCACCUCCACUGGGUUGUAAAGCAGAAUGACUACAAAACGGAGUCCUGAGUCUGAUCAUGCUCAGUACAACCACAUGUCUAUAACGCCUCCCACACUCACGCUUAAGCGGCUGAAGGAGGAAAGGAAGGGGACUGAGGCUAUUAGGAAUUGUGGGAGUUGGAGUCCAAAACACCUGGAAACAGUUUGCCCAUGCCUGGGCUAGAAUAUGAAAAGUUAAGUGAAUUUGAACUCAAGCUUCAGCUUCGCAAUGCAGGCACCAUGUAGGAACUUGCAUCCCAGAUUGUUAGGUUCUCUUCUCCCAGUUGUGCUGUGGGUCAGUCUUCCACCAGAAAAGGCACCAAGACACAUGCUGGUAGAUUCCAACAGGUGGUAUUGUACAGAAUACCAGAACCUUCUCUUUGGCCCAUUUGUAUAGGGGCUCUCACAUACCAGAGGGUAAUUUUUUUAUGCUGGCCCGUUUUAUGGCUGGCAUCUGUUCUUUGUCAGCUGACCGGAGAUGUCAAAGAUUGGAGAUCAUGACACAGACGCAAGCAGCUUAUUUCUCCUUUAGGUAUCCACACAGGACUCAUCUUAUGGCAGGCAAAUUUUCAAAUAAAAAACCCAGUCAAUAUAAGUUCUGGUGUGGUGGCUUCCGCAAAUGAUUCUAGGAAGCAAAGACAACAGAAUCUGCAAAUGUUCCACAGAAGUGAAAUACAUCAGACCCUUGCAAUCCUAAUUUUCUAAGCUGGCCAGUUCUUAGACUGGGCUUCCCUCCGAUUUGUCCUGCUGAAUUCCCCGUAUCGACUUGAUAUCAUAAGCCCAGGCUUGGUUUACUCCUUCUCCAGCCGUUGCGGUUGGGAUCCAGUUGGGGAGAGGGAAGCGGCCGGUAAUGACGCGAGCAUCCUCGGGAAGUUCCAGAAGCAGCUUCCUCUCCAGAAGCAGCAACUGGAAAGGGAAUUAUGGAAUUAAGAGUGUGUGCACCUCUCAUCUCAGAAGCUAAAUGAUUGAAUAUCAAAAUCAGUGCCUUCGUAGUUAUGAUUUCCAUGUUACAGAUGGAUAACUCUAGGUUUCACAUCUUUAAUUCGGCUAGAAAAUUCAUCUAUACACAUAAUAAAAGUGAAAAUGUGUGUAUGUGGCUGGGGUGUCCACUUUCACCUAUGAGGAGCCACCAAAAGCACUCGCUCCAAUGACAUUGCAUGUUACGGCGAGCACCGUGAACAUGUACAACCCCUGCCAGUGUCCUACACAAACACAAGACUGCAAACCACCCAAGUGAAGGCUUUCAUAUGGAAACAAUUUCAUCCUAGAUUUUAUUUUAUGCGUUUCCUCCACCACAAACAUCUCAGUCUUUCUGGCACCUCUCCCUUGGUGUGGAAUUUGCAUGAUCCCGCCCACUGCCACUUCCAUAACCCUUUCCUACCCUUUUCUAUGGUGAACAACAAACAGAGCAGAAUUGAUCAACAACUGAACAAACUAGAGGCAUUUGGGGGGCCGACUUAACACAAUGGAAGUUGUAGUUCCCCCUGCAUCAAGGCAGAGCACUGUGAUCCCCACCAGUUAUUAUUUUAUUAUUAUUAUUAAUUGCUUAUCCACUAUUGCAACCUCAUUGUUUUUAAUUUGAUGUUUUAAUACCGCGCUGUGUUUUUUCAGUUGCUGUGUAUAUAUUAUUAUUGGUUUUUGUUAUUCUUUGAUGUUUCAUAUUUUAUUUUAUCAUUGUUUUGUAUCUGAUUUUGCUGUCAGCCGCCCCGAGUCCCCUUCGAGGGAGAUGGAGGCAGGAUAUAAAUAAACAUUAUUAUUAUUAUUA